UCAGCGACUUAUAGUGGGACUGCGGCGGACAUUCUGACACUGGGGGGAACUGACUUGGUGUCACUGACAUCCCCAGUGAUACCAAUACAGUGGUAAGUGCUAAUAAAAAAGCACUGACACGGUACUAAUGGCACUGGGCAGGAAGGGGUUAACAUCUGGGGCGAUCAAAGGGUUAACUUGUGUGUGCUGUGUGUGUGCUUCACUGUACGCACACUGCUUUGCAUGGCUGUGCUAUGCACAGGCAUGGAAAGCAGUGUGCAGGAGCUGACGGGAGAGAUCUGUGUUUUGUUUACAAACAGUUCUCCCCUCCCGUCGGAGAUGCUCGGUAAUCA